UUGCGACUGCGGACACAGCACAGAGGAGGACAGAUGGACCUCAAUUAUGCGAAAUGGGAUCGGUUCGGGGAAGAAGAUUCAAGCGAGGGCGAGGGCGGCGGCGGCGCGAAGGGUUCCUCCUCGAAGCGCGAUGAGGCCAGUAGCGGCUGCGACGAUCCAACCUGCGGGUGCGCGUCCCAGAGCAUGCAGAACAUGUUCAUGAAAGAGGCGAUGCCGUCCAUGAUGUCGAGCAUGAUGUCUCCCGGCAGCGGCAUGGGGCAGAUGACGGAAGAGGGCGCCAAGAUGCUGUCCAUGAUGUGGGCGGCGGGCGGCGGGAACCCCCCUCCGGGUUUGUCUCCGUCGACGCCCAUGACAGCAGCCGGUUUCGCCGAGUUCAUCUCGAGCGUAGGCGGUGGUCUGGGCGGCGAGGGCGGCGAGCAGAGGGGACAGGGGCUGUCAUCGUCCGGGAAGGCGGCGGCGGCAGGGGACGACGAUGACGACAGCACGGAGCCCCCGCCGCUUGACCCUGAAAGCUCGUCGGAGGAAGGGGGUGAUGACAGUGGGGGCGGAGGAGCGGGGGGGGGGGGGGGGGGGGGGGGGGGGGGGGGGGG